CACAAGAACCACCAACAACCAACAACAUUAUGGCAGCUAAGAUCAUCAUUUUGUGCGCCGCUCUGGCUUACGUCAACGCCGGUCUUUUGAGCGCUCCAGCUCUCUCCUACGGAGCCCCAGCUAUUUCCACCUAUGCCGCCCCCGCCAUUAAAGUAGCCGCUCCAGCUCUUUCAUACUCCACUCCAGCAAUCUCCACUUACGCCGCCACCCCAGCUGUAACCAAGAUCUCUUCCGUUGCCACUUCUUCUGUCCAUCCAGCUCCUGCAUUGAACAUUGGUGCUCCAGCUAUUUCCACCUAUGCUGCCCCGGCUGUUUCUUACUCCGCUCCAGCCAUCUCUACUUACGCUGCUGCACCAGCUCUCAAAGUAGCCGCUCCAGCUUUGUCUUAUUCUGCUCCAGCCAUAUCUACCUAUGCUGCUGCACCAGCUCUGUCUUACUCCGCACCAGCCAUCUCUACCUACGCCGCCGCUCCGGCUCUUUCAUACUCAGCCCCAGCUAUCUCUACCUACGCUGCUGCUCCAGCUCUCUCUACCUACGCUGCUGCUCCAGCUCUCUCCACCUAUGCUGCUGCUCCAGCUCUCUCCACCUAUGCUGCUGCCCCAGCUCUCUCCACCUAUGCUGCUGCUCCAGCGCUCUCCACCUAUGCUGCUCCAGCAUUGAAAGUAACAUCUCCAGUUGCUUCUCUUGGAUACGCCGCCAACUACGGAUGGUAAAUCCUCUGAUUGUUAUAAUUUUGUUGUAAAUAUUAUUAUUUAUUAAUAAA